CAAGAUGGCAAGUGUAUAAUGACAAAAUCUUUUUUUGUGGGGUGAUAUAACAAUUAUAUAUAUAUAAAAUCAUACAUGGCUGUCUGUUACAGUUUAUCACAAAGGUUAAUUAAUCUUGAGGAAGUGUCACUUGUUCUGAAUAAGUCACAGAAACAAUGUCAGCUCUUGUCAUGACCUACAGUACAGUAUAAUGACAGUUACCAUCCUCUGUUCCUCACAGUUCGUCUCUGUGACAGUCACAACGUCCCUCCACCGGGACACGUCCUAAAUACUGGACCCGCUCCCGUAAUCUGCUUCCACUGAGCUUGUGUCUGGAGAACAGGAGACACCAUUGUCCUUCUCCUCCACCCAUGAUGAAACACUCAUUUCAGCUUGGAGAGAUGGCCUGUUAUUUGCUGGUGUGCAUGACUGAAAUAAACUAUGGAGGCCGGGCUCAAUAAAUGUCUCAAAAUGAAAUCUGAUCCGUUUGACUACAUCAAAUGCCUUUUAACUGCUUUCUUAAUGGCACAUCUAAUUGGAAACGUAUCGCAUCUAAUGCAGUGCAACAUCUGGAGAGACUUCAGUAAAAGCCUUUUUCUUAAAGCUAUAGUACACUAAUUCUGCCAUCAUUUCACCACUCGUUAUUCCAAAUGAUUUGUCAUUCUUCCAUGGAAAUACAAAUGAGAGUUAAUAAAGACAAGUGACAUUAAACUCAAAUAGGGACAAAAUACACCCUAAAAGUGAAUCAUACAACUUAUGACCUUGAACAUUCAUCAUAAGAAUCCACAAAAACAUGAAGCGACUGUUUUUGAAAUCAGUCUAUUAGAAUAAUAAAGUAUUCAAAAAGAAAUUAUUUUAAAUUGUAAUAACAUUUCACAAUAUUACUCCUUUUAUUGCAAUUUUUAAAUCAAAUAAAUUCAGCCUUGAAGGGACUCUGAUUGUAUAAAAAACAGCAGUGUGAAAUUUAGGCUAAACAUCUAUUUGGAAGAAAAAAGGUCAAACAGGUUUGCUAUUAAAUGACAGAAUAUUUAUUUCUGAGUGAACUAUUCCCUUCCUUAGUAUGGAAGCAUAUUUCUAAAUAUAUAUAUUUAAAAAAAAAAGAAACCAACGUAAUUGCGAGUUUAUAUCAUGCAAUUCUGACUUUAUAACUUGUAAUUGCUAGUUAUGAAGUUCAAAUUGCGAGGUGUGAAGCUCGAACUGGAACAUAAUUCUCAGAAUUGGGAGAAAAAAAAGCACUCGUCACUGUUUAAAAUCCUCCCUGGAGCAGAGAAGUUUAAUUCAAGCCCUGCCAGGUUUUUACCCGACAGCCCAUCAUUCUUAAGCAGAAGAAUAGCUCAAGGGUAGCAAUAAAACUCGUGCUCCUCCUCUGGUGCACAAGGCUGAUCCCAGAUCAUCGCGCGCUCUGACUCAGUCCAGGCUCGCGCCGGUGGGCGUUCAUCAGCUCCACUUUCAAAAUCACUGCAAUGAACAGCAAUGACUGGUUGUUUCUUACGUCGCCGUGCACCUUUAAGUGAUGACGCGCGGACGGUGACCUUCGCGCGACGGUACAAGGAGACCGCGGGUGGAAGACACGGAGCGUCACCUGUGCGUCCGAUGCGUAAAAGCGCGCGAUGAUCACAAAAAGCGCGCACUGCGGUUCCGCCGCGCUUCGUCUGACUCUGGACAUUUGGAUUAGGAGGUUGCUGGGUGAAGCGAAUCGCCCUCCUUUGUUCGCGCGUGGAUGAGGGUCUGACGUGUUCCCGGGGGGACUUUCAGUCGCUGUUCAAACGCUGGAGACACACACACGCGCGCUCUCGAUGCUGCUAUGACUUCCUGCGCGAGUCCAUACUGUGAUCUGGUUGCUCUUCGCGUGCUGCUGCUCGUGCUCGUGCUCGUGCUCGCGAGGUCCGGUUCGGGUGAGUUUGGCUGUGGAUCGUAAAAACCCUUUCACAGCGCGUUUCAGUGUUUUUCCCGAAUGAAUGGAAAGUCGGUGUUUACACACGGGGCAAGUUGUCACGCGGUUUAUGGCUCAAUGAAAACAAGGUUUCGGGUCAAAACUCUGUUCACCCACAGAGAGGUUUUUAUGUUGGUAUCAUUUCGGGUAGUUUGGUUUGGUAACAAGUGAACAUUUAAACAACACUUGUACGCUAUACAUUAAAAGUAGGCUAUAUUUUAAGAGAAAUACUAUCCCAAAAAAACUGUAAUUUUUCAUAAACGUCUUUUUUUAACAGUUUUCAUUGAUGGCUUUUAUAUUGUUGUCUUUUUUCCCCAUUAGCUGAAAAGCAUUCAUUAUCUUAUAAUACUUUUUAAAUACAUGUAUGUUGACGAUGAUGUUUGUGUUAGUAUUUAGUAGAAUUAAAACACUGGUAUUUUACUGAAAUCAGUGUAACCAGCAGGUUUCUAUUGUGACAACUUGCCCCGUACUGUAUUGUGACUGCAAUGGGUUUUACCUGCUGAAAAAAAAGGAAGAAGAAGAAAAAAAAAUGGCUUAAAAUAGACAAAGCUGGUUUAAGUGGAUUGAUCAUCUGGUUUCCCAGCCUUGGCAGCUGAAGAAUUGGUCCAAACCCCUCAAAAACCAGCUGAAACCAGCCAAUCUUGUCAUGAUUUGUUCAUCUUUCAGAGACAGUUUCUUUCCGAACAGGGUCUGUGUUGAACACAAACCCGCUGAAGAUGUGAACGCUCGCUCAUUCAUGUGUAAAUCUCUGUUUCUGUGUUCAGCGGAAAACAGAUGCUUGUCUUCCCUCGUCUCCACGUGUGAAGACUGUCUGAGACGCGGCCCUGAAUGUGCAUGGUGCUCUCAGGAGAGGUUUCUGGACGGGGCUCAUGCAAGUCAGCGAUGCGGAUCUGUGUCUGACCUGCGAGUCCGGGGCUGUGACGAGGCCUUCAUCGAGAACCCAAAUGUGAAAGUGGAAGUAAACGCCUCUAUCAGCAGCACACAGGUGUCACCGAGAGAGAUUAACAUCCAUCUACGAGCGGGCGGCGAGGUGUCGUUCGUGGUGGAAGUGCAUCAGCUGGAGCGCUAUCCUGUGGAUCUGUACUAUCUAGUGGACGUGUCGGCAUCUAUGCAGGAUAAUCUGGACCGGCUGAAGACGGCGGGCCUGGCUCUGUCUCAUCUGAUGAAGGAACACUCCAGCGACUUCAGAGUCGGCUUCGGCUCGUUCGUGGAUAAACCGGUGUCUCCGUACAUCGACGUGCACCCUUCCAAACUGCUGAACCCCUGCAGUGAUUAUGAGGUGCACUGCAGGCCGGCUCACGGCUUCAUACACGUCCUCCCCAUCACACACAACAUGACCGAGUUCACACGGGUCAUUCAGGAGCAGAGGAUCUCUGGGAACAUGGACACACCGGAGGGAGGCUUCGAUGCCAUGCUGCAGGCCGCUGUUUGUCAGAAAGACAUCGGAUGGCGUCCCGAAGCGAAGCGUCUGCUGCUGGUUAUGACAGACCAGCCGUCUCAUCUGGCUCUGGACAGUAAACUGGCUGGGAUCGUGGUUCCUCACGACGGCCGCUGCCAUCUAGAGGAUAACAUCUACUCUCAAACUACGACUAUGGAGCACCCAACAAUCGCUCAACUGGCUGAGAAACUAUUGGAGAACAGCGUUUACUCCAUCUUUGCGGUGGACCAGGUGCAAUAUCAGUGGUAUGAGGAUCUCCUGGACCUGAUUCCUGGGAGUUAUGUGGGCCGUCUGUUCCCCAAAGCAUCUAAUCUGAAAGACUUAGUAGUGCAAGCCUACAAGAAGCUGCUGUCGGAUGUGGAGCUGCAGAUCGAGCUGGAGGACGCACAAGCUCCUCGCUUCCGGGUGAACGUCACGGCCUUGUGUCCCGACGGAUCCACUGCUUCUGGAAGCACCAAAUGUUCCAGCGUUCAGCCCAAACAAACAGUUUUCUUCAGGGUGACUGUGGGGAUGAGCUGCUGUCCGGCCGAGGGCACGGAUCGGGACGUUCUGAUGAGCGUCAGGCCGGUGGGAUUUAACGAGUCCGUUACCGUACGGAUCCGUCAGGACUGUGGGUGUGUCUGCACGGAGACGGGCCGCUGUCGUGAUGACCCCGAUCCCUCGCCCUGUCCCGCGGAGACGGCCGUCUGUAGAGCGGACCGCAGUGAACCCGUCUGCAGCGGGAGAGGAGUGUGUCGAUGUGGGACGUGUGUGUGUGACUCCAGCAGAUUGGGAAACAUCUACGGGAAGUUCUGUGAGAUGGACGACUUCUCCUGUCCGUAUGUGAAGGGCCUGGUGUGUGGAGGACACGGCCAGUGUGUUUCAGGUGAAUGUGUGUGUCUUCCUGGCUGGACGGGUGAGACGUGUGACUGUCCUGUGUCCACCGAGAGCUGCGUGUCAGACGACGGCUUGAUUUGCGGCGGCUGGGGAAAGUGUGUGUGUGGCAAGUGUGUGUGUGACGACAGCCGGCGCUCUGGAGCCCUCUGUGAGAAAUGCCCCAUCUGCGACAGCUCCUGUCAAUCACACUGGAGCUGUGUGAACUGUCACCUGUCUAACGGACUCGGAUCGGACGCCAAGCAGCGUUGUAAUCACAGCUGCGCAGCUUCAUCGGUGGAGUAUGUGGACGACAUCACAGAGCUGGUCCGGGGGAAAUACUGCCUGUAUCCCAGCACUGAGAAGUGUCAGCACCGCUUUCUCAUGGACUUGGCUUCAGAGCGACCUCAGCUGCACAUUAGUCGGCAUCCUGUGUGUGUGUGGAGUCGGCGGUACUUUAAGACGUUCCUCAGCGUCUUCCUCCUGACCGUCACGCUGGGCAUCGGCCUGCUGACCGCUGUCAGACAGCUGCUGAGAGCCAGACACUGCUGGUGGUCGUCCGGCUCUGAGCAACAGUUCGAGCGCAGCCCUAAGGAUUUAUCAUACAUCCCCACGACCAACGAGAAGACGAUCACGUACAGAAGGGACCGUCUCCCGAACCGUCCGGUGGAGAUGCACUCACACAUCCCCAAGAUAACCCUGAGCGACGCCUGGCAGUGACGAGGGUCAAAGGUCACUCUAAAAACGAAGCACUACCAGAAUGAAAACACAGUCUUUCUCUUUAAGCACUUACUUCACGAGAGCAAUAGCCUGAGUGGUGUUUCUGAGGGUGUCUCUCUCAUUUCGGAUGGCAUUAAAUCUCUGGUCCUGAAUGUCUGUUAAACUCUUACCAUGUUCCCCUCAACGGACCAGUUUUCUGCUCAGUUACCGUUCGUUUAUGUGUGUGAGAGUGUGUUUUUAUAGUUUUACCUGUUGUAUUUUAGUCGUCAAUACACUACAGACUCCGGCUGUGUUCAGAAGAGCAUACUGUGCACACUAUUUCUGCAGAAAAUACACAGUUUACCAAAACACCACUGUCCCACAAUGCAAUGGGCUUGAUGCUUCCAGUACAGUGAUGCAACAUUCAGAAUUAAUACUUUUAUUAUCAAUUAUUUAUAUCAUCAAUAAUUAAAAGACAAAUAUUUAAUAUAUAUAAUAUUAAGACAUUUGACCUUUUUAAAAUAUAUAUAUGAUUUUUUUCAGUCUUAGUUUUGUCAAUUUUAGUAUUUUAAA